ACAGUUAUAAUGGAAUUCAUUCUCCUAGGAUUUUCUGACCUUCCCAAUCUCCAAGGAUUCCUCUUUGGGAUUUUCUUAGUCAUUUACUUAUGUAUCCUGAUAGGAAAUGGCCUUAUCAUUAUAAUAACCAAAGUUGAUCUGACUCUUCAAACUCCUAUGUACUUUUUUCUUGGGAACUUUUCCUUUGUGGAAAUCUGUUAUACAUCAGUAACCCUCCCCAGAAUGCUAAGUAAUCUUUGGAACCAAAAGAGGAGCAUUUCUUUGCUGGCCUGUGCUACACAGCUUUGUUUCUUUCUCACUCUGGUAGUGACUGAGUGCUUGCUCUUGGCAGUGAUGGCAUAUGACCGCUAUGUGGCCAUUUGUAAGCCUCUUUACUACCCACUCAUUAUGAAUCAUGAACUGUGUGUCCAACUGGUAAUUGGAUCUUGUGUUAGUGGAAUUCCUAUCAUGGUAGGACAGACAUACCAGAUUUUUUCUCUGCCUUUCUGUGGUUCUAACAAAAUCAAUCAUGUUUUCUGUGACAUGUUUCCAUUAAUGAAAGUAUCCUGUGGGGAUACUUCUGUGAAUCAAUUUUUUCUCUAUGCUGAUGUUAUACUAUUUGGUUUUUUCCCUUUUCUGUUGAUACUCUGGUCCUACAUUCAAAUUAUUACCACCAUCUUGAAGUUGCCUUCAGCUACUGGAAGAUCCAAAGCUUUCUCUACUUGUUCCUCCCAUCUCAUGGUUGUGGGUUUAUUCUUUGGCUCUGGUAGUAUUGCUUAUUUGCAACCCAAAUCCAGCCACUCUGCAGGAACUGAUAAAGUCUUCUACCUUUUCUACACAAUUAUAACCCCAAUCUUUAACCCAAUGAUUUAUAGUCUAAGGAAUAAGGAUGUCAUUGCUGCCAUGAGAAAAUUAUUACCUAAAUGA